GCCGUGUUAAACAGCAUACUGACAUAUCCUGUAUAUAGCUACAGUGUAUAUUGUAAGACAAUAGGCAGGGAUAUCGCUGUCCAACAUGGUUUCCAUGCUUACGCUCAGGGUGACAUUGGUCUUAAUGGUAAUAUUGACUGAACUGUACGCAAAAGAAACACAGGACUUCAUCAGUAAAUACAAUAAGUACAACACCGUCUGUCGAGGAUUGGGAUACGAAACAAGAAGUUGCCAGGGAAGAAAUGACCGAGUCGUAGCUUUCCAUGCACGAAUGUCCUCCAGUCUACAAAAUCUCGGUAGGAGUGCUGUUGUUGUAUUUGGGAAAGUAAUUCUAAACUCUGGAUCCGCCUUUGACGGUAACACAGGGAUAUUCACAGCACCAACAGAUGGCAUCUACUCCUUCACAUGGACUAUUCUGACGAAGCCUGGGUCAUAUUUUAACACGCAAAUUGUCAUCAAUGGAAAAUUGGUUGGCUAUAAUAAUGCUGACGGUAAGAGUGGUAGUUCCCAUCAAGAGUCUUCCUCCACUACAGCAGUGAUUAGAAUGAAGAAGAAGGACAAGGUCUGGAUAAGGAUAUAUGGUAGGGAAGGGAAAUAUGCAUACGCUGACUGGUCGUCGUUCUCCGGGUUUCAGUUGUAGAUAUUAAAUUGCUUGAGAAAAAUAAAGCAAUCAAAUAUU